AUAAGUCGUGGAUCGCGAAUAAUAUUGACUUAAUAAUAAUCUGUUCUUUUUUGUAAAAUUGAUCCAAAUAAAUAUAAGUGAAUUCAAGUUGUCAAGUUUUUUAUAGAUAGAUCACGUCGCGACGCUAAAAUUCGAUUAUUUUGACGUACAAAACAGCAGAAACACGGCACACAAAGCUUGAAAGCACCAAUUCCUACCUUUUUACAAAGUCAUUUGUUCCAAUCGAGUCUACUUACAUUCAUAAGGAAAAUUUCAUCGACUCUGUUAAAGGUCAUUCCAGUCUGUAUUUGUGAUAAAAAUCUACUCCAAAAUGAGUGAGCAGACGGUUAAAGAUCAGAACAGCACUGACGUCGAUGAGUCACAUCAAAAUGACGGCACUGAUACCAAAGCGACCGAUACACCGGACCAAAUUACUGUUGCUUUCGAUGCCGUUUCCCUUGGCUCUGACAUUCCUCCGCCAAUUUUCAAGCUGAUCAACGAUUGUUGGGAAGAAAUCUUCGAUUGGUUAUCGCUGGAAGAAUUGCAUUCAUUUGGUCGAACGUGCAAGCAUUUUCAACGACUAACUGGCGAAUAUUUCAAGUGGAAAUAUCAAAACGUUAUUUGCCACGUGAAUGAUAAUGAAAAGAUCAUUCAGUGUAAGAAAUUGGAUGGUUUUAUUCCAUUCACCCAAAAGCUAGCAUUCUUCCGACUAAAUCCGGACGCUUCAUUUCGUUACGUUCUAAAAAAUAUCAAGUCACCAAAAUCCAUGGAAAUUGUGAAUGCUCGUUCGACAAACCUCGACCUUAAACUAAUGAAGAACAAUCUAAGUAACGUAGAAGUGUUGAAAUUUAGAAAUAGUUAUCUAGAUGGUUCAUUUAUUGAAACAUUUCUUAAAUUAUGCGUGAGACUAAAGCGUUUGACAAUCGGACCAAAUGCAGGAAAUACUUGGUUACUCCAUAAAUAUCCGACAUUGCAAUAUUUUAAACUGACUGACUAUGAAUGCGAUUCAUUGGUUAAUGACGAACUGAUGACAUUCUUUCAGCAAAAUCCGAAUGUACGAAGCUUUGCGACUACCGAAAAAAUUCUCUUUCAAAAUCGAGACUCGUUCAUCGCAAAUAAUAUUGAAUUGGAUGAAUUGACAAUCUUGAGGGUGGAUGAUAUCGAUGAACUAUGUGUUGUGGUGAAUGAUCUGUAUCGGCGGGGUUUUUAUAAACGUUUACACUUGAAAACGGUGUCGACAAAAUGUUUGAAAAAUAUGCCGGGACUUGUUACAUUGUACAUUAAUACAUAUUAUAACUACGUAGAGAUGCCCCAAUUGGACGGUGUGAUGGAACUGUUUUUGAAUGCACUUUCUGAUGGAUUGCAUUUUGUCGUGAAUAUGGAAGAAGUGUCAAUGAACUUGAAAAAUCUUGAACGAAUUUUCACACCUGCAACAAGCGAAGAGUACUUGCGUGUAUUUUUUCGAAAUUCGGCGAAACUAAAGGAAAUUAAAAUAGAAUAUUUGUGUGAUGGUAUUGACGUGGUGGCCAUGAACAUUGAACGAAAAAAAUUGAAAGGCGCGAAACAGGUUACGAUCUUUCUUGACGAGGAGGAUUAUUUGGCAAUUAAAUCGAAACACAAUAAAACCGAUUUUGGAUUGAUUGAGGUGAAACGCAAAGAAUCAUACGAGGGUGUUUGGGAUCAUGCGUUUGGAUAAUAUUAAAAGUGGAAAUUUACUGCUUUGUGAUGAUUUCAUUCAAUUUUUAGAUUUGACAAUUUUUCAAUAAAAUACGGCACCCAACACGGAAAACAU